CAUGAUAAGGCAUAUUUGAUACUUUUUAAUGCUUUUGUUGCUUAUAUUAUCGUUUUACAUUGCAAGCAUACAACUUCAAUGCGUCUUAUGGUUUACAUUUGCGGGUAUCCAGUGACAUCCGAAAACAUUACAAGAUCCUUUUAAAAACAAAGUCGAUUGUUUAAAAUCACCGGACGGACUUAUUUUACUCUCAUCAGUGCACUGAUCGUCUCAGAUACUUGUUCUCAGCUCAACUGUGACAAAAAUGGACGAAUUUUCUGAAGACGUAAAAAUUCCAAAGGGAUUUAAGCUCAAACCUUGUGAAACUAAUGGAAUGCUUAAUGGAAAAGUUGCAAUCAUUACCGGUGGUGGUACCGGAGUUGGGUUUGAAAGUGCGAAGAAAUUAGCCCAGAAAGGAGCCAGAGUGGUCAUCGCUAGUCGAAACCAAACCAAACUGAAGAUCGCACAAGACGAUAUCAUCGACCAGACGGGCAAUCGAGAUGUUACAUACAGACUGCUAGACCUCAGCUCCCUUAAAUCUGUGAGAAAUUUUGCUACUCAAACGAUGCUCUUUGAAAAACGAGUUGACAUUUUAGUGAACAACGCUGUAGCUUUUGCUUUACCAGACACACUUACAGAAGACGGACUCAACCUCACUAUGCAGGUGAACUAUUACGGAGCAUUCCUACUGACAUUUUUAUUGCUGCCAUUCUUAAAAGCAUCAGCUCCAAGCAGAAUAAUCAACAGCUCCGUAGCCUUAGCAGCUUUGGGAGAUUUCGAUUUCGAACACUGGAAUGAUCCUGGUGUCUACGAUAAUAUGGCUAUUCUGGCAAAUUCAAAAUUGGCUGAUACAUUGUUCACGGCAGAGUUACAUAGAAGACUGCGAGGUACUGGCGUUGCAGCUAUCACGUAUGAUCCUUUCGUUGUCAGUGAUUCUACUGUGUUACAACUCAAGCCUAGCACCUUACAUACAGCAUGGAAGCAUUACAACCCAAGAGUAUUGGUAAAGGAAAUAGCAGGAGCACAAGUAGCGUACUAUGCAGCAGAACCAACAGUGCAAAAGGAAAGUGGAAGUCACUUUAAAUUAUGUCAUAAAUGGAUUUCUCUGUUGACCGCGAAAAAUGCAAACCUGACAAGCAGUCUUUGGGCAGCUUCGAAAAAGGCUGUUAAGAUAACUAAAUUGGAAGAUUGGGAAGAUGUUUCUCGUAAUACAUCUAAGAAUCCAUAGUAGUUACUAGUAGAUAGUUAGGGUUUUAAUAUUUGCAGAAUGCGCGUUAUAAGUAUUGCAUCUGUAUGGAAGAAAAAUGCAAAUCGAAUUAAUGAAAUAAUUGUGAAGUGUACUUUUUCGCAUGUAAUUGUAGUGUGAUAGGUACUCAAUUUAGUCAUAAUUCCAAUGAAAUUCCUACUAGUACAUGAUGGUUAGAUACAUCUUCAAUUCAGCUUCAAUUCUCUGAAGGCCAAAAUUUGGAGAAGAAAUUAUGCAUUUUGGUCCUUAAUGCAGAGAUUGUCGGUUUAGUGUUGGUUGAUUGGAUUAUGCUGUUUUAAAUUCUGCUUUACUAUUUUUUGGAAUGAAAAAUAGAGUAAGUAGAUAGUUGUCGAGAAAAGUAGUAAAUUCAAAUAUGUCCUUUAUAUAGGAUGACUCGGAUGCCUGAUUCUAUUUACAGACUCCCGUACGCACUAUUUGCUAACCUAACCUGUAUUGGGCUGGUUUUUCCUUCGCGGGUUGGAAGGUCAGACAGACCUUCUGUAAAAAACGGACCUGUCAAAUCUUUAGGUUAAGCAAGUGGAAUUUGUGAAAAACGGGAUAUCACUGGGGAGAUUAUUUUCUGCUCUUUGGAAAAUUGAUUCGCGUUUGAAAAUAAUUUUACAUCAUACUGAUUUCACUCAGAUGGCAU